AUGAGUAGUUUUGACUCUAAAGGUCAAGAGGUCAUUUCCUGUGACCUUUGUUCUCAUCCUACACAUCAGCAUUUCUGCAAUGACUGUCAGACAUCUCUAUGUACUGACUGUGUCAGUGAACAUGUGGACAAACUCAAGUCUCAAACUCAUGAUAUUGUUCCUUUCAAGGACAGAAAACAAGAACUUAUAUUUACUCCCUGUCCUUUCCACCAAGGUCAAAGGUGUGAAGCCCACUGCAAACAGUGUGAUGUCAAUGUCUGCAUCAAAUGCAUUCUGGGUAAUCAUGCAUCCCAUCCAGUGUUGGAAAUGGCUGAGGCCAUUAAGAAAAAGAAAGACGAGAUUGAACAAGAAACGCAUGAGAUACAAUCAGUCAUCAUUCCCAAAUUUCGAAAAGAGAAGGAAAAAAGUAAAAGCAAUAUUUUGGAAUCAGAAGCAAGAUGUGCUGAACUGAGAAAAGAAGUUGAAAUUCAUAGAAAACUCUGGCACCAAGAAGUGGAUGAAGUCUUUGACAAAAUGAUAUCAAAAAUCAAAUUCAUGACAGACAAGCAUAUAACAGCACUGAAAAUUCACCAAUCCAAGCUCAGGAGUAUGCUUCCAAACAUGUUCCAAACCAUCGAAAAGAACAGGGAGAUACUAAAGAACUACAGUGCUUCUGCUCUAACAGAUCACAAAUCAAGAUUACAUGAAUUCCAGGAUAUCCCUUCAGUCAUUGAUAUCACAAUUCAUGAACUGAAUACCAUAACAAACAAAGGGACAGAACUCAGUAUAGAGUUGGGGGACUUCAGAGCCUCCCUGACCCAGAUGACACUCACUGGUCCAACAGAUGAUGUCUCAACAGGUUCACUGAAAGCAUUGUCAGAAAAAGCCACAGUGGUUGCCAAUAUUCCAACUAAAUUGAAGAACUUGAGAAGUUUGGAGUGUGUUGGAGCAGAUGAAGCUUGGGUCAGUGGUGAGGAUAAAACAGUGAGAUGUUUUGACAUUCAUGGUUCAGAGCGAGAUGCCGUAACUACUACCUGUCCCAUAGCUCCAAAUGAUAUUGCAGUGAACCAACACGGUGAACUUCUUUACUGUGAUGGUCAUAAUAAAACUGUGAAUAUAGUCAGAAAUUAUAAGACAGAGACGCUGUUCACAACACCACAGGGCUGGCAUCCUGAUGGACUGUGUUGUACAAGGAGUGGGGACAUCCUAGUCAGCUUGGGAACUACUGAUUUCCAAAGUCGCAAAAUUGUCUCCUAUGAAGGAACUACACUGAAGCAAGAAAUGGAUAAAGACGAUCAUGGAAACCCAAUCUUCAAAGGAGGUGAAUAUGCUCUUUAUGUGGCAGAAAACAACAAUGGCGACAUAUGUGCCUCCGAUCAAAAUGCAGACAGUCUGGUUGUAAUGGACAAUUCAGGUAAAAUUCGAUUCCGAUAUGACGGCACACCAGUCAGAAAGGACAACCACUUCAGUCCAAGACAGAUAGCCACUGAUUCCUUAAGUCAAAUCAUUGUGGCAGAUGCACGCAACAACAGCCUUCACAUCCUUGAUCAGAAUGCGCAGAUGCUGAGAUAUGUAGAGGACAGUUUAUUGGAGAGACCAAUAGGACUAAGUGUGGACAGCCAGGGGAGGUUGUGGGUGGGGCUACUGUCUGGAGAUAUCAAAGUCAUUCAGUACAUAAAAUAAAAUAUAAUGGAUGACACUUGUGAUCUUCUCAUCUGUCUCACUUGACCAAGCAAAUUUUCUUAUCUGUGUCAAAGCUUUCCAAGUUAGAAAGAAGAGAAAGCAUUUGACUGAGGAAUAGGUGAUUGGACAUUAUCAGUCAUGAUAUCAAAUGGCCAAAUAUUCUGAAAUUUGUUAACUAGUCUAUUUUGUUUAAUCAGCUUGUGCAAUGUUGUUAUGUUAUUUUAUGUCAUUAGAAAUAUUUUAAAAUUUGUUGACAAUCUUUUAUUCAGUUUGUGCAUUCCUUUCGUUU